AUGUCGCUGGAACUAUCCAAAGUAAUGCGCGAUGAUCAGGUUAUUACAAGUAAAGGGGUGUUGACAACUGUUAGAAUGCAAGUUACAGGUCACGCGGUUGAAGAUCAGGCCACUUCGAGAGAAUAU